AUGGCGGACGACAACACUAUCAUCGAGGGAACUGUCAAGUUCCGUGAUGGGAAGAAGUGGAAGUCGCGGUGGUGCGUCAUGCGCAAGCUGUCGCCGGUCGCAGACUGCGUGCACCUGCAGCUGUACCGCGACUCGAAGGCGCGGUGCGCGGGCGCCGCCAGCAAGGCGUCACUGUCGCUGCAGCAUUACCUGGGCAGCGAGGCGGCCUUCACGCUCGACAAGCACUCCAACACGCUGGCGCUCGUGUGCCGCGACCUGGUCGCCAUCCUCGCCUUCGAGACGCGCGAGCGCCUCAUCCAGUGGCAGGUGAAGGUGAGCGCCCACCUGGGCGAGCCGCGCCACUACCUGGUGCUGGUGGGAGGCGCGGGGAGCGCGACGGGCGCGGGCGGCGCCACGGGCAACAAGCGGCUGCCGGCGGGCCCGGCGCGCCUGCACCUGCACGACCGCCGCUUUGCGCUCACCGCCGGAGUGCCACCCCGGCUUCUUGGAAUAUGGGAGCUGCCACAUCUCAGGCGUUAUGGCGUAGUAGAAGGUCGAUUUUGCUUCGAGGGAGGCUCUCACUGUGGCAAAGGCGAGGGCCUGCACGUACUCAUCACCGACCAGGCGAAAGACAUUGCGCGAGAUUUCGACCUUGCUUCACAAGGACGACUCUCACCACGGAGGAGACCCAACACUUUCAAGAAGAACGAGGGUACGGAUAGUCCAAAUUCCCACAAAGCAUACCGACCGGACACGCGGCUCUCCGAAUUGAACACGAUCGACCAGUCGCUGCCUCCUGGCGAGCUGCACAGCUACGAGGAGAGCGGUGAGGAGGCAGGCGCCAUCUCCCCGUACUGGCCGUCUGCUGAGAGGAUGCACUUCCAGGACAUGGGCCACGGUGACACGGCGUCCGUCAACGAGACCGUGGAAGAGACGGCCGCGUGGGGCGGCGUCAGCAACGUCACGCUCGAGAGGUGCAUGAGCUGUAUCUCAAAACUUGGGGCUCUGUCGCGAUCUUCCACUGCCGCGCUUACCCCUGGCGCGAAACACUUCAACCCUGCGUGGACCAUGGAACCUGUACACGAAACCCUCCCCACCGAAUCCAAAGAGCUCACUCAACAUUGUGAUAUUGUACCUAGUGCAACUGAUAAGACUGAGGACGUAUGCCGCUGCCCCGGCCGAGGGGACCGGCCGCCGGAGAGACCCCCCAAGCCCACCCGCCUAGAGCUCAACCUGAGCCGCAAGCCAGUGCCGCCGUGUCGCUGCUCACACAGUGUUCCCGAUGACAAACCCAGCAGAGUUGGGCCCUAUGAAAACUACGAUGUGCCCAAACUUUCCUACCAAGAGGUUGAUGGAGAGUAUUACGAUACACCUAAAAGACUCAAAGAGUGUCUCGAUAGCGAAUUAUUUAAGGUUACUAAGAGUUCAACGUCGAAUGCUGUUAUUCUAAAAAAACCCUGUGGAUGUUUACUAAAAUUUGGUAAAAGACGGAGAGAGCCGACAAUCAUUGACUCCGAGGACAACUUCCAGCCUGCGAACUGUCCUUGUCAGCGCGUCACUGACUGGGCAAAUAACUGGAUUAAGCUUCCCUAUUGUAGGAAAAAUACUGUUUCAAGUGACAAUCUAGUUCCAAAUAAAGAAAAUGUAAUGCCCAUUAGUAGCGACCGGAGCGCCCUGUACGCCACUAUUGACCUGUCUCGGAAGACCAGAAGAAAACAAAGGCCCGGCGAGCAUGACGCCGACGCUCCGCACGGCGCGCUGAGCCGCAGCCGCUCCGUCGACAUCGACGACGGCCCGCUCGCCAACUACGAGAACCUUAGCUUCGCUCUGUCGCUAGAGCAUUACGAGAAUGCUAAAGAUUUAUUGCGGAAAGUUGGUGUCACGCAAUCAGAACUCGACGCGAUUAGUGCUAAUUUAAAGCCCACAUCGUUUGAACACUUAGAGUGCAAAGGCAUUUGUACCAAAUGUGGGCAUCCACAAAAACAGCGGAACACAGAUUGUUCGAUGGAGGCGCUAGCUGUUAACACAAAUGAUGACUAUUUAAUGAUGGCGCCGAAUGUUAGCAACAAAUUAGAGCAAAGCAAACCGUUACCAGCUGGUUACACGCCAAUGUCUCCAAUAAGUGGUUUCGCAUUCAACACUCUAAAACAUCCAUCCAGAAGUCCUAUCAACAGGUUACUCGAAGAGAAAUCAGCAAGCAACCCGACGCUGUGUGGCCCCGAGGAAAGCCGACGGACGGACACGAGUGGUAGCGAGUCCAAGUGCGCACCGCGCGCCGCACCUGACCGCCCCGAUAGAAUUGAAUACAGGAAACGGUCUAGUUCAGCCGACUCGUCACGAUUCCUCGAAGAUGUAAAAGAAUUCGACGGCAGUGUUGAUAGUCACGGUUCGACAUCUUCUAUAGAAACGCUGCGUAAUAUUGCACUCGAUGGUGAGCGGACUUCUACGCCAUGUAAUUGCGCAGUGGAUAAUAAACAUUCCGACGCGGAUAGUUCUGAAGCAUCGAAGGGCGCACGGAGUAGGCUACCGCCAGCCAAGCGCUCCUCUUCCGUACCUGGCAAAGCCGGUGGCAACAGAGACUCGUCGAGCUCUAAUGACUCCGGCGUGUCGAGCUGCUCGCUGCGGCGCGGCGAGCUGUUCGAGCUGCCGCUGACGACUGCGGCGGCGCGGCGGCACUACCGCAGCGCGCGGCGUGCCGCGGCCGGCGCCGGCGCCGCGCCGCCGCGCCGCUCGCGCUCCACCGACCCGCUGUGCGACUGCGCGCACCAGGAGCGCGUGCCGCCCAAGUCCUCAUCCGCAGAGGCGGAGGUCCCUGUGCUGACCGCCAAACCUCUCAGAGGUGUUAUGGACACGCACAGCACUUCGAGCGGAACGUCGGACAUGUCAGACUACAUCGAGACGUUAUCAAUAUGUUCUUCGCAUUCGUCCACAGACACACCUGUCACCAUGAGGGUGAUGCGGCAGACGACGAGCACGCUGCGGCCGCGCUCGGGCAAGGAGUACGGCAACCUGGACCCGCGGCUCGCGUCCGCCUACCGCACCCCCCCCGCGCACCCGCCGCGCCUCUACUCCAACCUGCCGUAGGGCUGCCAGCCGACUGCGAUCCGAACCCAUCCGGACACUGCACCUUAAAGAGUCGUCUGCGAGGAUGUCCACGUAUCGCGAGAGCCCUGGCUUUCUUAAUUGCUGUGUUUCGUUAAAACUAUUGUUAAACAAGUGUAGUUUUGUAUUGUUGCUGUAAUAAUUCCGAGCAAGUGACAUUAUUUUACGUGUGACAAGUUAAAUGUGAUCCGUCCAUGGUCUGUCCCCGAUGCGUCGGUUUGUUUGUGCUCUGCUCUCAGUUUAAGAAUUUUAGUAUUCGGGACUAUUGUUGUUUUAAUAUGUUUCCUUAUAUUUAAAUGACUGACUCAUAAGCCCGGCUGCGAUGUCGCAGUCUUGCGCAAAUUGCAGAGUGCCAAAUGUUACGUGUCUGAGCAACACAGCGUUAGAUACUUAUAAUGUUAGUUACCUUUAGUGGGAAACUGAACGAAUUACAAGACAGGUGAAAUAAAAUUACUAUUAUUAAUAAAAAAAAUUGAUUGCAUAUGGAACACGUAGGCUAGGAGGCAGUGCGGCCAGGCGUGGCGCGGGCGCUUGUCCGCCGACUACUUUGUAUAUACUGUAAUAGUACUUCUCGUCGACUUGUUUAGAACGAUGUAAAUUAUAUAUUAAAUAUUAUUACUAAAGUAAUUAUUGAUAUAUAAAUUUAAUCUCUACAACGACUAUCUUGUCUCUACUUUGUUACGACGAUGUAAUAUUUUGAUAUUCGGAGUUUAUCUGAGCGUGUAUGGCGCAGCGCGAGCGCUUGUCUCACUAAGCAAUAAGCAGAGCAACCAGAGGUGAUCCUUGUAUUGUAUAGUACAUCUAAACUAGACUAAUGUCUACUAGAUACGUUAUUGGCGAAAGCGCGGUUCGUCUGUAUGGCGGCGCGCUGGCCCCGCGUCGGGCCGGAGCCGACCGGAGCCGAGCGGAGCCGAGCAGAGCCGAGACGCCGCGUGGCGACGCGGGGCCAGCGCGCGGGCGGGCGUUGUUGGCCCGAAGACUGGAAUUGUAAGCAGGUUGUUUAGAUAUUACGCUAGCAAUGAAUUUAUAUUACUAAAAACUAAUGUUAAUAAACUUGGAAUUUCUGAAUAAAAACUGAAUAAUAAA